AUGGCUAAUGGGGUUCAACCCUUGCCACUCGAGGUUGUUGCUCACAAUGCCACCGUCAUCCUAAGCGGUGUGAUUCUAGGCGCACUGCUUGCGUUUGUUACUUCUCACUUGGGCUGGCUGCGCCACCAUGUCCGCCUGAAUGACCGCUUGGUCAACACACUCUUCCCACUAGGGCCGCAGGUCUUUUUCUUUACAUUACCGUUGUGGUUCAUUGUGACAAUACGUCCUGCUACGCGCAUUUCCGUGCUCAUAGUGGAAUACGCCACUGCGCUUUGCAAGUCAUUGGCAUCCUAUGCAUUCCCGGCUCCGGAGGGCAAUAUCGUUGACAGCGUCGAAAUCCCGGCUCAAAUUACCAAGACAUCUUGA